GGAUUUCUCCGUCAAACAAAAUGGCUUUUAGUGUUUGAGCAGAAGGUGUUUUGUUCUCAGAUUUUCAAGUGAAUUUUCAGUGCGUAGUUACAGGAAUAUUUCAGGAUAAAUAGUGAAAAGCAUCGUGGGAUUGUCAUCUCUAGCCAGACAGUGAAAAAUCUGCAAGAAAUUGUUCAGCAAAAGGAUUGAGCACAGAGAAGUUGCGAGGAAGAUUUCUCAGAGGCAAACAAUAUGGAGUCGCAAGUUGUGGACAAAAUUCACAUUAACAAUUCAACGAGUAUCUCGUUGAAUGAUCGCUUUACGUUCAUGCAAAAUGUCACGGGGCCUCUCCAGAGAGCCUCCCGUGAACGCUCACGUUCUCGUUCACGAUCACGCUCUCGCUCACGCACGCGCAACUUUGGACGUGAGCAGAAUAUCCAGCGGAACAAUGCUAAUGUUCUGGGAGGCUCCGCCCGCAGCAUGAAUCUCAUCAAGCGUCUAACCCAGAAGCACAAUCUUCUGUCCGAAAUUGCCUUGCGAAGGAGAAAUUUUCGCAACGGUGGCGGUGCCCCAAUGAGGCCACAAAUUGCCAAUCAGCGCCGCAAUCUAAAUGCUCUCAAGAGAGCCGCGAAGGCUUUCAAUGUUCAACCGAAUGGUAGACGCCUCUCGAGAGCCAAUAGUUUGUCCAAUCUUGCAACUGUGACAGACCAAUUUAGUGGCGGCAGAUUGAGUCGCACAUCAUCCAUGUCCAAUAUUGCAAAUCGCAUUGGGCAGAGGCGCCGAGGAGGACCACCGAAUGUCAGGGGUGGACAGUUGCAGAGGACAAAUUCGCAGAGGAACUUGAGACGAAUGGGCAGCAAGCAGAACAUCAAUAAUUUCACACCGAAGCGUCUGCAGAAUAAAGGAGCAGGAGGAGGACCUCCGGGACAGAGGAAGGGAUCUGUCAACAGUCGUCUGGGAAGAGCUGCUGCCAUUCAGGUGACAUCACCAAGGGGACCUGGACGUACUCGUGUCUUCCGCAGGAGGGAUACAGGAGCGGCGGCAAGAGGAGGCGGUGCCAAUGCUGGAAGGAUCGGUUUGCAAGGAAGAAUUGGACAACCGCAGCAACAACAGCCAAGAGGAAGAUCCAGGAAUAGGAUGCCGCGCAAUGCCAAUGGUGGUAAUCCACAGCAACAACGAGGACGUUCACAGUCACGCAAUCGGCGUCAGAAUCAGAAUCAAAAUCAGAAUCAGAAGGGCAGAAGUAGGAGCAGGAGCAAUAGGCGCAACAGAAGCCGAAGCCGUGGACGUAAUGAACAUUCUUGUAACUGCCAAUACCGUCUGAAGAUCGGACAUUCUCAAGUAUUUCCUGUUUUCUUUGCAGAAAUUGGUCGACAACCGGCAAAGAGUAAGGAGCAAUUGGAUAUGGAAUUGGAUCAGUACAUGUCGAAUAGCAAUUCGAAUUAAAAAUGGAAAUAUGUUUUUAUAUUAAAUCAUUGUGCACGGAUUCUCUACACGGACUAAAGGAAAUCUUAUAUGUACCAAUCAAAGAUGUUGAAUUUAAUUUGUAAGAGAGAAAACAACUUCAAGAAGGAGAUUUUUUUUUCGCUGAAUCUUGUGAAAAUAAAUUAAGCUGAAAAUGAGUGAAUAAAUUAUUCAGACUGUA